CGCCAAUCGUCGCAAAAGCAGUAUCGAUACCGCGUACAUCGUAUCGUUGAUACAUCGAGAUAUCGACAUAUUGUUUGUGUCACUGUGUGUAUUUAUAUGAGUGAGAGAGACUGGUUUGGGACAAAGUAACGGAGUAAUAAUCAUUAUUUGUCUAUAUUAUGCCUAAGUAAUCGGCGGAUCAUAGUUGAGAUCAACAAGUACAAUUAAUCAGCGUCCAGUUAGUACAUUUAUUCUACGAAUGGCCGGCCCAUCCUCUGACCAGAAUAAUGUCGCUCAGAAGACAUGGGAGCUCUCAAACUGCAUCGAAACCAUCAGCACCAUGGACGAGAUUUACAGAUAUGACAGAAAGGAGCAACAGGAUAUAUUAACUGCCAAACCAUGGGAGAAAGAUCCCCAUUUCUUCAAGGACAUAAAAAUAUCUGCCUUAGCUCUGUUAAAAAUGGUUAUGCAUGCACGAUCUGGUGGGACAUUGGAGGUAAUGGGUCUCCUGCUUGGUAAAGUAGCAGCGAACACAAUGAUCGUGAUGGAUUCCUUUGCUUUGCCAGUCGAAGGAACUGAAACUAGAGUAAACGCUCAAGCUCAAGCUUACGAAUAUAUGACAGCGUAUAUAGAAGCGGCUAAACAAGUCGGUAGGCUAGAGAAUGCAAUUGGAUGGUAUCAUAGUCAUCCUGGAUACGGUUGCUGGUUGUCCGGUAUUGACGUAUCCACUCAGAUGCUCAAUCAAAAUUUCCAAGAGCCGUUUGUUGCGAUCGUCAUCGAUCCUGUGAGAACCAUUUCUGCUGGCAAAGUUUGUCUUGGUGCAUUCAGAACUUAUCCCAAGGGAUAUAAACCUGCUAACGAAGAGCCGUCAGAAUAUCAGACGAUACCACUAAACAAGAUCGAAGACUUUGGUGUUCAUUGCAAACAAUAUUAUUCCCUGGAGGUGUCCUACUUCAAAUCCGCAUUGGAUAGACGGCUGCUCGACUCAUUAUGGAAUAAAUAUUGGGUGAACACGUUGAGCUCUUCUAGCCUAUUAACGAACGCGGACUACACCACUGGCCAAAUAUUCGACUUAUCGGAUAAAUUGGAACACUCGGAAUCGGCUUUGGGUAGAGGAUUCGUCUUGGGCGGCACGGAUCCUCAUGAUCGCAGUACAGUGGAAAAACUCAUUAAGGCGACCAGGGACAGUUGUAAAACCACUAUCGAAGUUAUUCACGGUUUAAUGGCGCAAAUUAUCAAGGACCGUUUGUUCAAUCAUGUCGGCAGUAACGCAUCUUGUGAUCCUCAGCAAAAAUAAUAAAACUCAACAUAAUAUGUGUGAUAAUAAGUCUGCUUAAAACGUGUAUUUGUAAUAAAGAUAUGUAUCCUCUCGUUUAAAGUCAA